AUGGUCCAGGAAAAACAGGUCGAUAUCUCAGUUUCCACAGCUGACGUGGAGAGCCAGAAUGAGGCAGUGUUUGGCUCAACCAGAGGAAGAAUCACCCAUUUGAGAACGGAUGGUGAUGAAGCUUUGGCGUAUAUCCAGUCUCAUGCUAGUGAUAUCCCAGAAUUGGACGAAAAGACAGACAGAAAGUUGUUAAGGAAGAUCGACUUGUACAUCCUACCACUUGUCUGUCUUUUGUAUGCGGUUCAAUACAUGGAUAAGUUAUCUAACUCUUAUGCUGCCAUUAUGGGCCUAAGACAGGAUUUGAACAUGAAGGGAGACAUGUACUCGUGGACAGGUUCAGCCUUUUACCUUGGCUAUUUAGUCUUCGAGCUCCCCUUUGCCUACACUUUACAACGGUUCCCCGUGGUCUCGAUCGUGUCUUUGUAUAUUGUCAUUUGGGGCAUUCUCUUGUGCUUACACGCUACGGCUAAUUAUCCAGGCUUUAUUGCCUUGAGAACGCUUCUUGGAGCCUUUGAGUCUUCGGUAACUCCUGCCUUUGUCAUUGUCACCGCCCAAUGGUACAAAAAAGAAGAGGUGUUCUUGAGAACGGCCAUGUGGUUCUCCUUCAACGGCUUAGGGUUGAUCCUUGGCGCAGGCGCCAUCUCUUAUAAUCUCCAUGACAACAUAGACAGCUACGGAAUCGAGGCUUGGAAGCUAAUCUUCAUUAUAACUGGCGUUAUUACCAUUGUCUUGGGAAUAGCGAUUUAUUUACACAUUCCCAACAAACCAACGGAGGCUUGGUUCCUCGACGAGACCGAGAAGAGGCUUGUGGUUGAGCGAAUUAGAGCUAACCAACAGGGCUUUGGCAGUAAGCAUUUCAAGAAAUAUCAGCUCAUGGAGGCUCUUACAGACGCCAAAAUAUGGCUUUUCUUUUUUGUUAUAUUGUCCGCCAACAUUCCCAACGGAGGCCUUACCAACUUCGGAUCAAUUUUGCUUAAUGAAUCCUUUGGAUACAGCGUUGGGCAGUCCCUCAAGAUGCAAAUGAUUCCAGGGGCUGUUGAAGUUGUAGGCUGUAUUGGCUUCGCCUACUUGUACCGCUUUUAUCCAAACAGAAUGUUUUGGGCGUUCUCGACGAACUGCUUCGCCAUUCUAGGGCUUUGUUUAUUGGCGUUUGCCGAGGAUAAACACGCUCAGUUUGCGGGUUAUUGUUUGGUGAACUUGGUGCCCCUUGUGAUGAUUUGUGGGUUGUCUUCUUUUGCUUCCAAUGUCACCGGCCAUACUAAGAAGGUCAUAGGCAACGCUAUCUUCUUGAUUGGAUACUGUGUGGGUAACUUGAUAGGCCCACAGACAUUCAAUGAAAGCCAGGCGCCUUCUUAUAGUGGAGCAAAGGUUACUAUGGUUGUGUGUAGCUGUGUUUCCCAAGGGUUCUUGCUUCUGAUUUGGGUACUCAUGUACCGAGAGAACAAGAGAAGAGAUGCCCAUGCUUCAGAGUAUGAAGAGGACGAGAAGUUUGAAAACCACGAGUUUGCUGAUUUAACCGACAAGGAGAACCCGUUCUUUAGGUAUACUAUUUAG